AUGGCAGCACCCGUCGAGAAGCUGUCCCUCGUUGAGGGCGCGGUGUGUGUGCGGCGUUGGCUGUGGAUCGAGGACAUGCACACGUGGUGGCCAGGAUAUUUUCAGGUGGCUGGGAAGGGGGGCUUCCCGAUGUUCCCGCAGGUGCAGGCCAUCAAGAAAGAGUUGCUGGUGAUGUGGUCCGCUCUCGGCUCUGGGAUCGACAACGACGUGGGGCGCAUCAUCGUGAAGGGCAGCUUCCUGGACUUGGCCGACAUCAAGAACAAUGCCGAGCCCUCGGGCGGACAUGUCUUGUCCGACGACUGGUACGUCAACGAGCGCUACUGCGUGCACAUCACGAUCGACUGGAAGGACAACAGUGAUCGCUGCGGCGUGUCCGAGACAGGCCUCCGCGCGUGCGACUUCGCUUCGCACGGCACGCACUUCGACCAGAAGGACAAGAAAGACAAGCUCGACGGCGAGAGCUACAUGACCGCGUGGAGGAAGGGCUUCAAGAGUGGUUUCCAGGAGGGGCGCCGCACUGGCUUGCGUGAUGUGAUCAGGAGCCAGGAGUCAUCCCCGCCCACCGACGCGUCGGGUUCCUGGACGCAGGCUUGA